ACAACUUCCCCAUCAACUAAUACAAAAUGAGAGUUUUGAUUUCUCUUUUAUUCUAUUUUAUUACUGAAAAGAAACAUAUGCAUUGUUAGGUGUAUUUGAGAAGAAAAGAAUCCCACGAAAAUUUAUUGAACAGUUAAAUGGCGGAAGAAGAUAGCAAGAACAAGAACUGGAAGAAAUCUACUAAAGCUUUGUUACGUGCUGUACGUAAAGAAACAUGUCAACCGUAUAGCAUUUCUGUAGUUCCAGACGACCUCCGGAAAUGGAAUAAGAGUGCUUACAUACCAAAAGUUGUAUCCAUUGGCCCUCGGUACAGGGGAGAGAGGGAGCUAUUACAAAUGGAAGAGAUCAAAUGGCGCUGUGUCACGUCUCUUCUUAGUCGAACAUUUGGGCUGGAUGCUAUAGAAAUGUGUAUGGAAGCAGUCAUGGACUUAGAGUCAGCUGUUCGUUCAAGCUACGUGGAUGAAAUUACACUAGACUGGUACACUCUAGCCACAACUAUGGUAUUUGACGGGUGUUUUCUGUUAGAACUUCUUAUCUGUGAAUCAAAUUUGGAUUCAGAGAUCCCAAUACCAUUUAAUGGCACUAGUCCGGGAAUAGAAGUAAAAAAGAUGGAGUAUGUCAUAAGCGAUCUGUUGUUACUUGAAAAUCAGAUACCAAUUUUUAUUCUCGAAAAACUGUUUGAAAAGCUUCUUGGUUCCUCUCACCAAAUGCGAGAGCUCAUACAAAAUCUUGCUCUGCGUUUCUUUGGCUUCUCCGAGGAAUUGAUGUUUAAAUCAGCCUUUCACUUCCUAGAUAUUAAGUAUUCUUACAUGGAAAUGGGGUGGAUGGAUGAAGAGAUAGAGGAGACUGAAGUGAGGCCACGUCUACCGGAUAUGGAGGAGGAGGAGGAGGAGAAGGAGAAAAAGAGACAUCUGAAUCGCUGUGCUACGAGACUCAAAGCUGCUGGUAUUACCAUCCAAUGUUUGAAUAAUAAUGCUGAUAGAGAUAUUACUGAACGCAAAAACUUUAAAUUUACCACUGAGUUCGACAAAAGUAAAGGGAUACUACUAAUCCCAACGUUAUGUAUCACACAGACAACAGAAGCAUUAUGGCGAAGUUUCAUUGCUUGGGAGCAUCAUAAGAAGAAAUUGAAGACUGGUUCUUCUUCUCCUGCUGACAGGCGUAGUAGUGUCUGCACUUCAUCUGCCUUGCUUUUCAGGGAUUUGGUAUGCUGUUCCAGUGAUGUUCAACUGCUCAAAGACAGUAAGGUUAUAGUAGACAAUUCAAAAAAGAGCAAUCGUGAUCUGGUGGCUUUUUUCCAUUCAAUCGCAGGGGGAGUUGACCGUAGCAUUAUUGACCAAAAACAUAUCACCAUGUUUCAAGAGAUGAACAUAUUUUCCACAGCAAAUUAUGCCACCAAAAUCUUCAUAUUACUCUGCCAUUUUUUUAGCAAAAUUUUAGAUUGGUACUACAAAUUUCACGAAUUUUUAAAGCGUGGUUACAACUUUGCUGCUACCAUCGUAACUUUUCUCACUGUUGUCCAGACUUGUUAUGCAAUCAUCGCCUAUCACUUUCCGAGAUAAAAGAGUCAAACACCCGUGUUGUGAUGAAAUGAAGAGGCAACGAAAGAUCCAAAUUAGAACGGGAAGCUCUUCAACAUCAACUGAUGUUCACCGAAAGGAAAAAGACGUGUUUAGAAAAAAUUCAUUUGACAAUCAGUCAGAUGUAAAAAUGUACCUCUGUAAUACUAAGGACUACUUGAUUUCAGAAACCCACGACGUCUAACUGAAACGACAGUUGAUUAUCUGUUUCAAGUAUGCCACUUGUUUUUUAUGUCAGUUUCAUUUGUAAUUUCAA